AUGGCAGCAGCAACUCAGGAUCUGCGCCAGAGAAUAGCGUACCUGUUCCAGAUUGAUGUAGCAGGGCUCACAAAUCAUCACCCACCGCCUACAGUAGAUCCGCGACCUGGCGAUCUUUGUCCACCAAGAUGGGGAGAAUAUCCACAUACUCCGCAAGGUGUUGGCGCCCCUCAAAUAGGGCCGGAAAACCGUGGUGGCGCCCAGGGACAUGGUAAUAUCGGUGGCCACCUGGGAGAAUUUCCAGGCGGUUCUGUUCCUAACGAGGGCCAGCAAGGAGGUAGAAAUGGGCCUAGGCUUGGGACCGGUGGACAGCAAUCUACCGGACCACAACAAGCAGCGGGGCAGCACCAGGGUCAUUUGACAAUCAACUCCAAUGGUGCCGCUGUCGUGAACAAUUAUGGCAUCAACGCUCCGGGGAGUUGCCGCGCUCAUCGAGCGGCCAUGAAUCGUUGGUGGUACCCUGCCCAAAUGAGCCCAAUGUAUGAUGGGCUACCCAGCGAGGCUGAAGUCGCGAGGUAUCAAAAUGAGUAUUACCGACCGCCGCUGGUCUCGAGAGCGGCUCAGGGAAAUAACCCUUACUCAAUAUGGCGGUUCGCGAACGAACAUACACCGGGAGGAGUCCCACUGGAAAUGUUCCCCGUACCACCUCCGAAUCUCCCGCUGCGCGAGAGGAAUACUCCUGGCGGCAGAACCUGGUUGUGGAUGAUGGAACAACUCACCGAGAGCUUGAACCUGGGACGCCGCCUGAUGAACCCCAAUGUUGGCCGCGACAAUGCUCGCUCCCUGAUGCGACUGGCCGAUAGUGUCAUUCUCGGUGUCAGCCAGUGGGGUGGCCUGAAUCGAGCACGCCUGGACAUCAUGGCACGAUAUCAGAGGGCCCUGUACGUGCAACUUGGCCUCUUGGGCCAAAUUUACUCCGAGCGCUAUGAUUUUGUUGGCAGCAUUCGCAACGCCUCCUGGUACGGCCCGCCCCCUUCCCCCAUGACUAUGGACGCAGCGAUGUACUAUACUGGCGGUGGAGGAGCUCCCACAGACACAUCAGGUGUCCCUGAUGGGACGGUUCCCUUCUCUGGAUCUCUUGAUCUAAGCAUGACCGGUGUCGGAGAUGCUUCGGAUGCAGGGCCAUCGACGCCGAUAACACCGAGGCAUUACGAUAUGGAAGACAUAUAUGACUAGUAACACGUAGGGCGUUACCAAAACAAUACGGUCUGAGAGCCUAUUGCUAGAAUAAGUGAAACUGAUGGGAUUCGGAGUUAUCAACGUCGGGUGUUGCAAUCGACAUAGAGUUCAAUCUUUCCGUCAAUGGUAUUUCUUCUUUAAAGCAGAUCAACAGUUGCGGGACAAUCCUUCAGCUGUUAAUACCGCAUUUUGAGACCGCCACUGCCACUGCCACCGCUAUUUCAUAUGAGUUUCUGACAUUAACUAUUGAUGUCCUGCCACUGCUCAUACUAGUGGCGCAAAACUUCAAAU